AUGGCCUUCCAGAUGGCGCCUGCGACUCCGCAACGCCCCACGCCCGGGGCGUUCGUCAACACUCCUGCGCCCAACCGACCUGGCUUCGCUCGAACAGGUUCCAUGUCGCAACCACCACCGCAGCAACAGCAAGCGCUGCCUGCACCGCCAACAGAGAGCCCGAUCGAUCGCGCAUCGCGGACUAUCAACAGCAUGCUGGAUCGAGAUAACCGGUUUCCCGCUCUAGAGGCGUACAUCGGACAGGGCAUCUCGGGCGAGUAUGAACUGCCCAACAGCCCGGCGUGGGCGCCGUUCCAGAAACUGCGCUCCUACAAACUUCCAGAGGCCGUCUUUGAGCAGGUAGACCACACGCAGAUGUCGACGAGCAUGGGCCUGUUCGCUGAGAUCAACCACGCCUGGGUUGUCGUGGACAACCAGGUCUACCUCUGGGACUACACACAUCCAAACCCUGAACUCGUUGGAUUUGAAGAGCAACCCAGCAACAUCACAUGUGUCAAGCUCGUCAAGCCGCGGCCUGGCGUCUUUGUUGGCACUAUCGAAUACCUACUCGUCGUCGCGACCGUUUCAGACAUCUUCCUUAUCGCUGUCGAAUGCCAGCGAGGUCCCGAAGGCGUUCACGGCAUCACAAUGUACCGGACUGGACUAUCGACUUCGGUCAGGAAGAUCAAUGUGACUGCAAUCGCCGGCUCGACAACAACCGGGCGCAUCUUCUUUGGCGAUGGUCAGACCGAGGACGUAUACGAGCUGAACUACCAGCAGGAAGACAAAUGGUUUUCCAGCAAGUGCAGCAAGACAAACCACGUCACAACCUCCAUUGGCCUCCCAGCACUGCCCUUUUACGGACCAACGCGACAAGCCGGCAUUCAGCAGAUGGUAAUCGACGACACCCGCAACGUCCUGUACACACUUUCUACCAACGGUACUAUCAAGGUCUACUACAUGCGCGCGCCAAACGUUCUCGAGAGCUCUCUCACCCGGACACGAACACAAAUCGAGACAAUGUGUGGGCACAUUGUACGGCCGACAGGCGUCCUGGACAAGAUGCAGAUCGUCCACUUGAGCCCCAUCUCGAGUACCGAAGCAGACAAUCUGUCUUUGAUGGCCACAACAUCGUCCGGAUGUAGGCUGUAUUUGAGCACGACAUCUGGUGGACAAUGGAGUGCCAACAGCACCAGCGCACCAAACAGUAUGCAACUACGACACAUUCGAUUUCCUCCCAACGACGGUCAGCCUUCGCAGCAGAGCACUUCAACUCAGGUGCAGCCAUACCAGGGAGGCACCGCGGUCGGAUUUGAGUCGAGAUAUCUUAGAGAGACCACUCUUGCAACGCGGUACGCGCCCGGUGCAUUCUUCUCUUUUGUCCUACGAUCGCCAAACGACCAAAACCAUCAUAUGUUUGUUUCCGCCCCUCACUCUGGGCUACUGGGUCAGCGAGAAAGCUCGGAACCUCCACGAUACACCGAGACUGGCUUGUAUACAGAACUCAUAGGCAGAGUACAGGACAUUGGUUUGGUGUCAGAACCCUUUUCGGCAAGGAAUGAACCUCUUGGCUUCGGCAAUGAGCUUUCGACCCAAUUCGACAAACCCCUGUGCGAAUAUGCAAUCAUCACAUCGCACGGCAUCGAGACGGUCCGACGGAGAAGACUUGUCGACAUAUUUGCUUCCAUUGUGAAGAACGGAGGCCAGGAGGGUGCUGAAGGCGACAUCCGCAAGCUCGCGAAGCAGUACGGUUUGGCCGAGACUUCCGCUACGGCUUUGGCUGUCGCGUGCGGUCAAGGCUCAGACGUCGGACCCGAUUCGCGCAUCGCGAAGGUUACUGAUCCCGAGGUCAUUGAUUUUGCCCGUAGAGUCUUUAUUGAAUUUGGUGGGAAAGCACAUCUGACAGAGAGCGCGACAGUAGAAGGUUUGAGUGUAGAGAAUGUCCGCGCCUCACCGAGACACGAUGGUAUUGCCAUGUAUGUGUCGCGCAUUGUCCGGUCCAUCUGGAAUACCCCUAUCAUCGCGGAGACUGCUACACCGACCGGACCCGCCCUCACAUCGACACAUCCAAUCGCCAAGUUGCAAGAAGUCCAGCGUUCUUUGGCUCAACUUCAAGAGUUCCUCGAAUCGAACAGGUCUUUUAUUGAAGGCUUGGCUGGUCCAGAGGCACUCGGACGUGCAACAUCGCGACAAGAAGAAGUAGAGCUCCAAGGCGAGAACAGGGCGCUCAACAGUUUGUUGCAGAUGAUUAACAACAUUGUUGAGGGAAUAUCCUUUGUCCUGGUACUCUUUGAAGAGCGCUUAGAAGAUAUUCUGGUAUUGCUGCCAGAUCCUCAACUACAAGGAAGAGUACGCCAACUCACCUUCCACGGUCUUUUCUCUGUCAAAGAAGGUAAAGAGAUCGCAAGAGAGCUUGUCAAGGCUAUUGUAAACCGCAACAUCACCAAGGGUUCCAACGUUGAAUCAGUUGCCGAAGCUCUGCGGAGGAAGUGCGGCAGCUUCUGCAGCUCAGACGAUGUUGUCAUCUUCAAGGCGCAAGAGAGUCUGAAGAAGGCCGCCGAUUCUGGCGCGAAUGCCGAACGUGGACGCAUCUUGCUCAAUGACAGUCUGAGACUGUUCGAGCAGGUGGCGAAGAGUCUGAGCUACGAGAACCUGGCUGCUACAGUCAAUCAGUACAUUCAACUCGAGUUCUAUGCUGGUGCUAUUAGACUUGCCCUGAAGGUGGCUCAGGAAUGGGAUCGAGGUAACAAAGCGUUGUCUUGGAUUCGAGACAAGAGUGAUAGCAAUGUCGACUCGAAUGACGCGCGCCGAGAAUACUUCGACAAGCGCGCCUCUUGCUACACGUUGAUCUGCAAGGUUGUCGAAGCUGUGGAUCAAGCGUACAACACGCAGGGUCCCGUGCCCGAUGGUGUCAUUUCACAGGUCACUCGUCGCAAGCACGAAGCUUACGAGCAGAUCAACAACUCAGACGACGAGGUUUUCCAAAACUACUUGUACGAUUGGUACAUGCAGAACGGCUGGGCCGAGCGAUUGCUGGAGAUCAAUUCUCCUUUUGUAGUCGACUACUUGCGGCAAAGCUCUGAGACAAACCUGGCACACGCGGAUUUGUUGUGGCGUUACUACGCUCACUACAACGACUACCUCAGCGCUGCUGAGACACAAUACCAGCUCGCCAAGAGCACCCUACCCCUGACACUGGAGAAGAGGAUAGAGUAUCUGUCGCGCGCAAAGGCCAAUGCCUCUACACGGAUGAAUGGCUUCGCGGAGAACGGGGUACGCAACAGGCAGUCAAGACAGGAGCUCCUAAGAAACAUCACCGAUCACUUGGACAUUGCGAAUAUUCAAGACGACGUCUUACAAAGAAUCAAGGGCGAUGAGCGACUUGCUGGGAAGCGAAGAGAAGAUGUCAUUGAUCACCUCAACGGCCAGAUCCACCCUCUUGACGAACUUUACCACGACUAUGCCGAUCAAGCGGCAUACUACGACAUAUGCCUACUGAUCUACCACGCUGCCGACUACCGCAGCGUACCCGAUAUCCGCUCGACGUGGACUAAUCUUAUUGACCAAACUCAUCGGAAUGCUCUGGCUGAUCGUCAAGGAGCUCCUUGGGAGAUCGUCGCACUGAAGGUCGAGGACCUCGGUCACCGUACCAACCUUAACGACAACGUUUUCCCAGUGAACAUCGUCCUGCAGCUUCUUCUCCAAUACGACCUCGAGUUCUACGUACACGAUGCUAAUGCGCCAAAUGCGCAGAACCUUGCACUCAACUCCAACCUCACGUGGCCGAUCGAUGUAUUCCUCAAACUUCAAGCGCCAUUCGAGAACCUGGUCGCCACUCUGGAAGCACUAUGGUAUGCACAGGAACAGCCUUUUGCUGGUCGUAACCGCAAACUGCUUGUUAAGUGGAUCAUCUACCUCGUAGAGCAGUGGGGUGCAGUAAGCAGACGGACUGGUGCGUUAUUUGGUGGUCCUGAGAACGCCAUUGGUCUUGCGGAAGUAAUGCGCAUCAUCUUGAGCAGCGAUGUCUUGGGGCGAGACAUGGAUGAUCAGGCUUGGAUCCAGCGGGCGAGGGAUCUCAGUGCCACGCUCGAGGAAGCUGCGCGCUGA